AUGUGUUGUUGUAUAUUUCAGCUGGUUAGUGUAACUUCCCCCUAUGUCGCAACUACCCAAUUACUGCCAACUGUGCCUGCAUUGAACCCUUAUACAGUAUUUGGUCAUGGUUUGAUGACACCUGUACCGGUAAAAACUGAUAUAAGAAUAACCGAACAACAUCAUCAACAAGCGAUAAAUACUGCAACACAAUGGGCAACAGUUGCGGGUUAUGAUGAAAAGCAAGUUGACUUUGCUCAAACACUGAUGAAUUCGCAAUAUGCUGCUGCUGCUGUAAGCUAUGGAGGAAAGUAA